GGGCCUUCCUUUUCUGGGUGGCCGCGAGAGAGGCAGCACCAUGAAGGCGUCGGGCACCGUAAGCGAAGCGCCGGUCUCGCGGGCUUGCGGGCGUCUCGGGCAGACGCUUCUAAUAAGGCGAAGCGGGCGGGGGUGGGGGGAAAGCGGCUGAGGGUGGCGGGAGCGACGCAGGGAGGCGGCGGCUCUCCGUGGGUCUUUCCUCGGCCUUGUCUGGCUCAGGCCACGAGCGAGCGCCCAAUAUGGCGGCCCUGGCGCCGUCAGCUCGCAGCGUGGAGCCUCCGGGAGACGCGCUUGGCUGAGAAGCCCCGCCUAAGGGGGAUGGUUCCCCCCCCCCACUCCAAGGCCGUGGAAUGGGGAGGCUUCCCCUUUAUAUCAGGCCUACUCCUCUCGCCUCCAUUCCACCCUCAUGGGAACAUGCAGUUUCCAAUCGGGGCUGGUCUUUCUGCACCUUUUGAACUGGGCAAACUACUGAUCGUUGAAAUAUACUUUCCCUGUAUGUCAGGGAUGGGCCGAUGUGUGUGCGCACAAUGUACAGAGCUCAGUAUGAUUAACGUCAAGAUACCGUUGCACAGGUGGCGCUGUGGGUUAAACCACAGAGCCUAGGACUUGCUGAUCAGAAGGUUGGCGGUUCGAAUCUCUGCAGUGGGGUGAGCUCCUGUUGCUCGGUCCCUGCUCCUGCCAGCCUAGCAGUUAUAAAGCACGUCAAAGUGCAAGUAGAUAAAUAGGUACCGCUCCGGCGGGAAGGUAAACAGUGUUUCCGUGCUGGCCACAUGACCAGCACUGUACGCCGGCUCCCUCAGCCAGUAAAGCGAGAUAAGCGCUGCAACCCCAGAGUCGGUCACGACUGGACCUAAUGGUCAGGGAUCCCUUUACCGUUGCACAAGUAAUUCAUUUUUUACAAUCAUCUUGCAGGUAAAAACACCCUGGCUCUAAAAGCAGUAUGGAUUUUUCAUGUUUGUUUUCUCUCUUUCUUUCUUUCAGCUGAGGGAGUACAAAGUUGUUGGGAGAUGCCUCCCCACUCCUAAGUGCCCAACACCACCUCUCUAUCGUAUGCGCAUCUUUGCUCCUAAUCAUGUUGUUGCAAAGUCCCGUUUCUGGUACUUUGUCUCUCAGCUGAAGAAGAUGAAGAAAUCUUCUGGGGAAAUUGUGUACUGUGGACAGGUAAGACCACGAACAAACUUAAAUCUUAAAGACCUGUUUAAUUUUGUGGUUGGAAUGCUUGCUUAUUUGCUUAACCCAACAUUCCCAGGUACCUAGCUUGUAUAUAUCACCUGUGGGAAACUUCUGUCCCUCCAGAUAUUGCUGCAUUACAACUCCUAUGUCAAUUGGCCAUGCUGGUUCAGCAGCCUUUGGAGGGCCAAAGGUUCCGCAUACAUAUAUUUGAGCAAUGCUUCAUUAAUAAUUUUCAGAAUGUCUGUCUCCUAUCUUUUUUGGCUUCCUCAAAAGUAUUAAAGUGCUGUAGUUGGCUCAAAAUGUUUCACUGCUCAUUGUCAGUCUACUAACAAUGCUUACUCAGAAGUAACUCCUAUUGAAUGCAGUAGGUUUUACUUCCAGGUAGGUGGAAGUUAGGAUUGCAUCUUGAAAUGCUUUCCCUCCAUUUUGAAAACACUUAAAAUUAAUGUUACUGUGUUUCUCUGUAACAUGCUACUACUUCUUUGAAAAAUCUAAUUCGUGUAGUGUGUGGAUUUGGCAGGAUAUUCUGUAUUACUGUAAUGUUUUGGGCAUUUUACAGUUUUAAAAGGGGUAGACAUAGGACAAGGACAUAGAAAAAUAUUCCUUAUAAAUUUCCAAAGUAUUCUCUUGAUUUCAGCGGAAUUUACAUAGGGUAGUCGAAUCCCAGGUGGUCAGGUUUUUGGGAGUUUUUGUCCAAUAUCUGGGAACCCAAGAUUGAGAAAGCCUGGUCUAGAGAUUGUUUCUAAUUUAAAAGAAUCCAAAUUAGCCUGGAGGGGUUGAGAUUGAAAAUUGGUUAUAAAAUUCUAAUUCGCAUGGAGAGAUUUCUUUCUUAAAAUACUAUAAUUUGAGUUCACCCAGUAGAGCUUAUUGGCAAUAAGCUCGAGUCAAAUGAAAGAAAGUGAAACGUAACACUUAAUCUGCAGCUAAUUUACCAUCACAAGAUGUGUUGAUGACCGCUAGUAUAGUUACAUUAAAUGGUUAUGAUUACUAAAUGAGUCUUUCAUGCUACAAGACAGUAUACUUCUGAAAAUCAGAUACUAACCUUCGUAUUUAUAUACUAUUUUGAGCUUCUGAAAGCAUCUUUUGGCAUUCUGUCCACAGUAGUUUUUAGAUUAAUUCUGCAAUCAUAAGCACACUUACAAUAUAAGCCCUUCUAAAUGCAGUGGGGCUUCUGAAAAAACAUGCAUAGGAUUACACCAGGAUCUCUGAAACUGGUACCAUCUGGAUUUCAGAACUGUAUCUCUCAUCAGCAUUUGACAAUACUUGAUGGGACUGAUGAGAGAUGGAGUCCAUAGGAGUUGACGAGCCACAAAUUAGUCUGUCCUGCUGCAGAUGGACAUCGGAUUGCUGUACCAAGGAAAUUUUACAUUCUUACUAGUUUGUUUUGUGAUGCCUGCAUAUUCGUUCCAGGCAUGAUCCACAUACAGUACUUAAAGCAGUACUUUGUACUCAGCAGCAUUUUGUAGUAAUGAAAGCCAUAUAUACCAUAUAACAGAGAUGAGGAAUCUGUUUCCCUCCAGAUGUUGCUGAAAUAAAACUCCCAUCAUCCUAGUGUUAGAAACUGAGAUAUGGAAGCCAGGAGCUAAAUGGCACCUUAAACCUUGGUUAUGAGCACAACAACAGAAUGUCUAGGCAUGCUUUUUUAAUAACUGUACAGUGCUGAAAAUGAAUGAACAGCUAAAAUAUUAUGUUCAUUUUUCACAUGGUCUAGUCCUUCCCCUGCCCACCCCCCUGAUACUCUUAAGAGGGUCUCUUCUCCAGUCUUCAGAGAGUAGCUGGAAAAGGGGAGGCAGAAAAAUGUCCUCCUUUGCGUCCACUCUGCAGUUUUAAUGUGAAAUCUUAGGCGCCGUACUGUGCACAGAGCUCAGAAACUGCUCGCACUAAUGAAAUUUGCUGCCUCAAAAUGUGCCUAGAACAAUGGGAGUUUCGAACAGUCCAUCAUCCUGAAACAUUGACCAUGAAGGCUGAUGGGAGUUGUAGUCUAAAACAUCUGGAAGUUAAUAGGUUCCCUAUUCCUGCCAUAUAAAUUUAACAGCAAUGAAAUCUCUCCAUUCUGACCCAUUUGUUGAUGCUUUCACUUGUUAUAUAAAGCACUGGUAGUCUGUAAUGUGUUUUUUCUGACAAUGUUAUUAAUGCAAUCAUAGGUUUUUGAGAAGUCUCCGUUGAAGGUGAAGAAUUUCGGUAUCUGGCUGCGCUAUGAUUCUCGUAGUGGAACGCAUAACAUGUACAGGGAGUACAGAGAUUUGACAACUGCUGGAGCUGUUACACAGUGCUGUAAGUAGAGACCCUUUGGAAUGUUUGGUUUCUUUUCGAUAGCACUAUUGAAAGAUAAUGAAAAAGAGGAAAUAAUUCAAAGUUUUUAUCGUGUCAUCCAUUUCAUUAUACAUUUAUUUUGAUUAGUUAUGCGAUCCAAAUUGACAAAGCAUUUUAUAUGAAGCCAGGUUAUAGUUGGCUGCAACCUAUAUUUCUGUGACUUAAGAGUUGUGGUAGUUUUGCUCCACCCAUGCAGAUUCUUUAAUCAUUAAAGGUUGUUUCCAACAAAUGCCCUACCACAGACUUCUAUGUGUGCAAAAGAACUUUCUCUCCUGACCCUCCUAGCACCUCCUGUUCCCUCAAAAUUAUCUCCUGAUGGUUGGGGGACCCCCGCUCAGAGCAGAUUUUUUUUUUGGGUGUGCACUGGGGGGAGAAUAAACAAGUCCCGCACAAGUGGAAUUUUGUUCAUGCAGUGUUGGAUACAACUCUUAAGGUUUUUUGAAAAAUAAGUUGCAGCUUUGUGUGCUCUAGUCAUAAACAAGUUUGGGACUGAUGCACAUUCCAUUGUUCUUGAUGGGUCUUAGUUAUGGAUAAUGUGUCUGGCAUUCUUUUCAUUGACCCAAGCCAGGUCAAGAUAAGUUUCAUUCUUUUAAUCUGUUCAUAGCCAGACUUAUCUUGACCUAGUUUGGGUCAACGAAGAGGCUAGCAUGGCUCAAAACCAACCUGCUGUUGUCGGACUUCAACUCCCAUCACCCCUAGCUCCAGGACCAGUGAUCAGGGAUGAUGGGAGUUGUAGUCCAACAAAAGCUGGGGGCCACAGUUUGAGAAACACUGUAUAAACUGUACUCUGCCACCUAAUUCAUGUGAUUUGUGGUGUGAAAAUUACUUUUAACUUUUUUUUUGUUAAUUGGGAACUUUGGCUGUCCUUUAGUACUAUCCACAUGUACAGUUUACAUGAUGGAAGAGCCACAAAUUGUUACUGGUGUUGAAAUUUAAAACUGCAUACAAACCCAAAGAACAUUGUUUAUAAUAAAAUGUUCUUGCCGUGUGUGCAGAUAUUAAAUGUACCUUGUCGCCUUUCAAGAGCUGCUGUGCCUUUGAAAGUGAAAUUGAAGGUCCUACAAAUAAAUACAGCAAGAUUGUGUAUUUGUGUAUGUAUAGAUAUCUAGUUACAGGGCUCAACCUUGUUUAUGUUAUUAGAAUAGUUCAUAAUUGUCUGGCAUAUUACAGAUCGCGAUAUGGGAGCCCGUCAUAGAGCUCGUGCUCACUCAAUUCAGAUCAUGAAAGUUGAAGAGAUCGCUGCUAACAAGUGCCGCAGACCAGCUGUCAAGCAGUUCCAUGUAAGUAGAUUAAAUGCGUACUUUUGACAUCUCUACAAAGUUGAGAAUGGAACAGUCUUCAUCAAAGUGAUGUCAAUAAAAAAUAACUUUAGGGGAUCAUGAGCUGCAUAUUUGUCCUGGACCUUAGUAUCUGGUGUGUUUUGAGCCCCCCAGUUCUUACAUCAGAACUACAGUACUAAACCAGAUCAAAUUUUAAUCAUGUAAAAUUGCCUAUACUGGGUCUGCAUGAGCAGAUCUUCACUCAAGAGAAUUCCCCCAUCCUCCUAGAGCAAUUUCUGGGACAAGAGGGGGUGCAGAUUGUAGAUGAGGGAGGGAAAACGCAUUAUACUCAUGCAUGGACCCAUUUUCUUUUACUAUAAAAAUACUUUUGUGUUAUAUAACAUGAAACAACAUGCUUUUACUAUUUCUCCUCUUGCUGCUUAGUUUCAAAUUUAUAGUAUUAUGUAUACACACCUUGUUUUGUUCUUUAAAAUGUUCAUUUGCAAAAUGUCCUCUAAGCAUUCAGUCUUUGUUUCUUCUUUGCUGAUUAAAACAUACAGAUGUUUGUUUGGUUUUGGCUUAUUAUAAAAAAAAUCAUAUAAUUUUAGUGCAGUGCAGUGUGUCCCCCAGCUGUUUUUUUACCACAGUGCAGAUUCUGGUGCAGAUAUGUAAGUGGUACCAUGAUAUUACUGGGAAAAAUGGAUUUAUAUAUUUUUGUAGUCGCAUCAGAAAGGGUAUGGAGCCUGAAACGUAUCUGAUAUUGAAGGACACCUAAAGACAUUUUGCACUAGUGACUUUUUAGCAGCUUUGCUGCCUUUAUUACAUGUGUGUGGGGAUUAGAAAGGUGCAUCCCUGUUGCUAUUAACAUCCAAGAUGUUAAUUUAUUUUUACUAACUCUAUUUUUCUUGUGUAGUAAUGUCAAUUAUUAAAACAUAGUAGCCAUGAAUUAAUUUUACUAGUUAGUGUCGAAUGAACAUUUAUUAAUGCUUUGUUUUCCUACAGGAUUCCAAAAUCAAGUUCCCUCUGCCACAUAGAGUUCUGCGUCGUCAACAUAAGCCGCGCUUCACCACCAAGAGACCAAACACGUUCUUCUAAAUGCAGACUUGGUUCAUUUGCUCUGAGUUUCAAUAAAGUUCUUUUUGAACUUCUGAUUAUUUUUGUUAGGUCUGGAACAUAAUUGUCCUAACUUUG